AUGAGUAGGACAACAGACGCUGAGGAGCUGGCCAAGCGUCUGCAACUAGCAGAAGAACGAGCUGAGAAAGAACGAGAACGCGCAGAGAAAGAACGAGAACGCGCCGUGGCGGCAGAAAGAGAGCGACAACAAGAAAGAGAACGCGCUGACAGAGAACGAAAACGCGCCGACACUGCAGAACAGCAAACCCAGCAUACGUCACUCGAUGAAUACAUCGCUGCCUGCCAUUCCCUCGUUUUCGCCAACUUUACAGUCGAGACGGACCGCAGACUGACUUCCAGGGGCUCCAUCACAAAUCCGCGUAACAAGUUGUGUCCCACCAUUCUACGGCCAUGGUCCGACUUCCUGCACCAACAGAGCAUCGUCUUCGGCACCCUUUACGAUACUUUCCCUGCCGAUAGACGCUGUUUCGAGACCCCGUCGUUUCUUUCCGGGCUAGGAAGUAGGAUCGCGAAGCGCAAGAUCACUGACGAGAAGGCCCUCGAGUACUUUCUGCACAAUAGCGUCGAGGACCCCGUUAAAGCAAUUUUGGACGAGCUCAGGAAGGUGGAAGAAGUCAAGACUGUGUUCGAUCUAGGCAAUGGAAUCGUCUUCGAGAACCACCCGCAUGCGCUCAGCGACGUGGCUCCGGAGGUCGUGGAACGCAACCUCCCAUCGACACCCCCCUCCACACCGCACGAUCGUAGAGUCGACCUCCAACAGCUACGGGCCGAUCAGAUCUGCGUCUAUCGAACCGAAGACGUCGACGGCGACCCAAGCACCCGAUCGAUGCUUUACGUUUCCGAGUAUAAACCACCGCAUAAACUUACUGCACCACAUCUCCGCCUCGGUCUGCGCUCGAUGAAUAUACAUCAGGAAGUGGUCAAUCGUAAGACGAUCCCAACAUCGGUCGACCCAGACGCGCGAUUCCAGUAUCACGCGGAGAGACUCACUGCAGCCGCAAUCACACAGACCUAUCACUACAUGAUCGAAGGCGGACUCGAGCACGGCCUGUUGACGACGGGUGAGGCGAUCGUGUUCCUGAAGAUCGACUGGCGCGAGCCCGGGACGUUGUUGUACCAUCUGGCGGAGCCCUCUGCAGAGGUGGAAGCCCACCCCAAGCACGCCCACCUCUGUACGGCAGUUGCUCAAUACUUAGCCUUCAGUCUGAUGGCCCUUGGCGUGCCAGGCGAGAGACGGCUGCAUGGCCAGGAGGAGCGGCAUCGAGCCAUCAACAAGUUGAAGAUGUGGGGGGAGGACUUCGAGACGACGCUGCGAUCAAUCCCUGACGAAGAAAGGCAUCCACCAGACAGCUCGCCAGGCUACGAACCAAAGGCAUACAAGAACGUCGACAGAUCUCCCUAUUUGCUCCGAGGGAAGAGGCGAGGACUUGUGAGGGACGGGCGUACGACGGAGCAAAUGAGGAGGGACCCGAACGAAUCUUCCGAUGAGGAGCCGAGACGCGACGUGCCAGACACACCCACUCCUACGGAACGGCGAGCACGCGGAAAGGACUCUCAAAGCCAGGCGGGUCAAGGCAGUCAGGCGACGCGACGCAGUAAGCGAGUUCUGGCGCGUCGGCCGCGAGGCGAUGAAGACGGAGGAGAGAGCCACUUCAGACACACACCAUACUGCACCCAAAAGUGCUUGUUAGGCCUUGUCGGAGGCGGUGUGACCGACUCCGCGUGCCCGAACAAGUUGCUCCACUGCAGGAAGCCUGCCAAUGACCGCGGCCACUGCCUUGGUCGACAACGUGCAAAUGCUCAGCAUCCAAUCGACCGGACUGAAUUUCUGAGGCUUCUCCAAGAACAACUCGAGCGGUCCUUGGAUUGUGGUAUCGUGCCCUUACGACAGAGCGGUGCUCGUGGAGUCUUGUUCAAAGUGACCUUGCUUGCGUAUGGCUACACCUUUGUCAGCAAGGGUACAGUAGAGGCAUUCAUUGAGGACCUUCAGCGCGAGGCAGCGUUUUACAAGCGUCUACGAGUUAUUCAGGGCGUCUACGUACCGGUAUUCCUCGGAUCUAUCGACCUUCGAACGAUCAACAGAACUUAUUUCUAUGACCACCGAGUUUAUAUAGUGCAUAUGUCAUUUCUGUCGUGGGGAGGACAGGAUCUCUACGAGAUGAAGCGCACGGACUGUAGAGUUGAAGACCUAGAAGCCAUGAAAACGCGGUCAUUGAACGAAAUCCGUGCUCUGGGUGUUGAGCACCAUGACGCGAAGAGGGAAAAUAUGCUAUUCAGUAAGGAGGUCAAGGGCAUCAUGCUGAUCGACUUCGAAAGGGCGCAGUCUGUGAAGCCAGGUCGCCCCCCACUCGCGCAACUUGUGCCGAACAAGCGCAGACGGACGGGGAAGGCUCUAAAGGGCAGCGACUCAGUAGUGAAGUCAACGAAUAGAGAUCAAGACGAUGGGGUACUUCUCGGGGGACGGUAA